GCUAAAUUUCUCAAUUUAAAAAGGAAAACAAAUGUCUUCGUCUUCAGUUCACUUCCUAGUACAAAACCCAUUCAUCGAUCAUCUCGCCAGAAAAGCCUUGCGCCGGCGACCGGAAUGCUUGCAGGCGGCGGAGUGGGAGGACUGGAGUGCCCAAUGGCCGCCAUCUUCAGUCAUCUUCUCCAGAUUCCCAUACACAAUGUCCACCUCCGGGAACUCCGUCUUCAGCUCCACCAGCGCUUGCUGGAGAUGGUCGUCGUGCAGCCGCCCGAACAUCUCCAUCCCUUCAGCCCCGCGGCGGUCCUCCGGCCCCGGAACGCCGGAAACCACCAGGUUCACCGCCCCGGCACCUAUGAGCCUCUUGAGUUGUUCCUUGAUCGNGAAACAAGGUCCAGGAAGCGAUCGAUCUGGGAUCCCAGUGAAUUCCCGGCGAUAUCCCGGGCCUGAACUGAAAUUCCGUUCUUCACAAAGAAACCCUGGCUCAUAACGACGGCUCCGGGGGCGGCGAAGCUGGAAUCGGAGCCGAACAGAGCAUUCUUGAAAACAGGGGAGGGGAGGCCGGCGGCGGCGGAGGAGGACACAUGGCCGCGUGGCAGAUCCAGGCCGUGGAGGAGCGAUGUUUUCCCCUCUCCGAACCGGAAAAGGGUGCGGA